AUGAGAAAACAAUUAUUGGUUUUCAAUUUAAAAAAUAAUAAUAAACACGAUAGCCAUAAAAAAUACGGUAAAAAAGAUAUUUCGAGUAAAAUUAAUUUACACGUUGAAAAAAAUAAAUUGGAAGAAAAAAUAAUUGAUGAAAAAAAACUGAAUAAAGAUGUUGAAAAAAAUAUUGUCAUAAAAUCAUCUGAUUUAAUUUUCGAUUUGUGCAAUAUAGCAGAAUUGAGUAAAAACUGCGAUGAGUAUACAGAUAAAAUACUAGUUUUGAAAAUGUUUAAUAAAAAACAAAAAGAAUGUGUCGAAGAUGUGCAGGAAUUAAUUUCGAAAUUGAAAAAUUUAAAUCCACAAAACAGAGGGGAAAAAAAAGCAGAAGACAAUUUAAUUUCAUUAGAAAAUCACGAGACACAAAACGUUGUUGGUAACGAAUGGGAAACAAUAUUAAAUGUCAAACGAAAACAAUUAAACGAUUUACAUCAAUUUAUACAAAAAUCAGAAACUGUCGAUAAAGAUUACCUACAUGAGAAGAAACAAGAAUUGGAAAAAAUAUUCGAAGUAUCAAAAUCGAAAUUAAAACAAUUAACAAUUGAAAAAACGUUACAAGUCAUGAUCAACGAAACAGAAGGACAAAGUCUCAAUAUAGAAAUUCAAAAAUUUAUAGAUGAAAUUCAUGAAAAAAAUGGUAGAAAUUUAACAUUGAUGAGUAAACAAUCGAUUGAAAAUUCAUCAUCCAAUUUCAUUUUGAAAUCAUUUGAAAAAGAAAUUAAAAAAUUAAAUGAUGAAAAUUUAACGUUAAAAAUUUACGAUUGGGACGAAGGGAAUGAAAAUGAAAUUGGAUCCCUACGUGAAAAAAUAUCCUUAUUAAAAAUUGAAAGAAAAUCUCAAGGGAAUAAAAUAAUAGAAUGUGUAAAGGAAAUGGAAAAUAUUUUCAAUUCGAAUGAUUUGAAUAUUUUACACGAGAUUGAAACGAAUUCGAAACAAGUUAAAAAAUUUUCUCGUUCGCAAAUCGAUUUAUUCGUAAAUGUACCAUCUUGUGCUUUCAGGUAUUAA